CAUGCAUGGGAAUAAUGGAGAUAUUGUACUCCGCUUUUGACCUCUUACCUCUCUCUCCUUGUGAUCCUUAGGAAGACAUCUGGUUGACUGCUGACAGCAGCUGAUAUAGCAUCCAGGAGAUGUAUAUAAGGGGGAUGGCCCACGCAACUAGGUAUGGAUCUGUCUGAUCUGAUCUAGUUAGACCAGCUCAUCUCAUCUCAUCUCAUCGUCCUUCUCGUCUUUACACUCACCACUUUCAAUACAAGGUGGUGAUAUCCCAGGCGGAAAGCAAUACCCAUUCUUGUUCAACUAUACGCUCCUGAGGACAGAGCUUCAUGCAAGAUAUCCGUUCCACCCCUCUCUUCUUUGUCCCCUACCAUCCGUACACAACUUGAAAACAGCACAAGCCCAUCAUGUCUUCUUCACUCGCACCUCAGAGACCGGGUAUGCCCGCCCGUCAAAUCUCCGCCAGCAGCUUUGCUGAGGAGUUCAACGUUGCUCGCAACCGGCUGAAGAAGCUGAACUUUGAGCAAGAGCAUGAGCAUGAGAGCCCCAUGGCCUCGCCCGCUCUAUCCUCGAGCGACUCACUCACUUCCGAGGAGCCGUCCUCUCUCGGGAGUGAGGACGGGGGUGACGGGGGUGAUGCCACUCCCGGUACCCCCAUCACUCCCUUCACCCCCAUGGUGGACCCGGACAGCGACAAUGUGGCAGACAACUUUGCCUUUGCCUUUGACAUCGACAGCGUCUUGGUCCGCGGCGGGAAACCUAUCCCGGAAGCUAUCGAGGCUAUGAAGGUCCUUAAUGGCGAGAACGAGUUUGGUAUCAAGGUACCCUACAUCUUCCUCACCAACGGCGGCGGCAAAUCCGAAUCCGAGCGCUGCGCCGACCUCAGCGCGCAACUCGACAUCGACGUCUCCGAAGGCCAAUUCAUCUGCGGCCACACCAGCGCCCAUGCGCGACUUCUCCUCUCGCUACAACCGCGGGACGUCAUCACGCCCGGCGACAUCCUCAAACAUAAGCCAACGCGAGCACCGCUCCCUUCCGCCAGCCAGCUGACAGCCGAAGAACACGCCAACUCGCGCGAUCUUCUUCUCCGCGAUUGGGCUGCCUCGGAUUUGCAAAUCAUCUUGGACAUGGCGCAGUCGCGCGGCGGCAGUGAUGUGCUCUGGUCGGCAUUGCAGCGCACGAACACGUUCAUUUGGGGAUGGGCGCCCUGCGCAAGGUCGUCGAGACGGUGUUUGAGGAAACUACCAACCGGUGGGAAGAAGCUGGUUACGCACGCGUUUGGUAAGCCGCAGGUUGGCACGUUUGAGUUUGCUGAGCGCUUGUUAAGGCAGUGGCGGGCGGAGAAGCAUGGGCUUUUGUCUGGACCUGGAAGGUCGAAGGCAUCUGUGAGGACGGUCUAUUUCGUUGGUGAUACGCCGGAGAGCGAUGUUAGGGGAACGAACGCCAUGGAUGAGAAGAGCGGGAAGGAGGGGACGGAGGGGUAUUCGAUUUUGGUGAAGACGGGGGUCUAUCAGGAGGGGACCGAGCCAAGAUACAGGCCGAGGAAGUUGGUGGGUAAUGUGUUGGAUGCGGUGAAUCAUGGGGUUAGGAGGGAGAUGGCGAGGAUGGAGAGGAUGGGCACGGGGAAGAGGACGACGGGUGGGAGGUUGUUGCCGUUGGAUGAGACUGGGUUGAAGAAGGCAGGGGAGGGGAGGAUGCCGGAGUUUGUGGAGAGAGUUGGGUCUUUUUCUGAGGAGUGAGGAGCGGUAGUGAUGGGGUUUCUUGUUAGGCUUCGUGUCUUGACUUCUUGUGAUGCUUCUGGUGAUGGAGCUGGGAGCACGUUUUGAUACCACUUUAUGUCGUUCUCUUGCACGUUUUGGUCUUGGGCACUGUUAUCUUUCGUCUGUCCCUUCUGGAUUUAUAAUUUGGAGUUUUUGUGGCCUCUCCUUGGUGGGAUUCGGAACAGAUGAGCAAAUCUGCCUCCUUUGCAAUCAACAUCUGCAGCUUGUUUCGAUAUGUUAGCUCGAGGGUGGUCGCUCAACUGGACUGUUAGUAUUUCGGCGCCAGUUUCAGCUUCACACUAACAGCACAGAUAUUACAUCUCGU